AAUUUUUCACUCGUGAGCGCUGGAGAAUUAUCGCAGCAGAGGGAAAAGGAAAAAACUUCUGAGCAGAGAGCUGCUUCGACAUUGGAGAAGGCUUUUGAAACGUUUUCAUUCUCUGUUUAUAUUCGAGAGUAGAGGUUAUCUUUGGGACAUCAAACACGCUUUGUUCUUCCAGAAUCUAUAUUAUCUUUCAUCACAGACUACAGUUCCCCCAGGAGUAAAUACUGCGCAGUGGUCACAGAGGAAACUUGCUAUACAACCAAGACGAGUGAUAUAUCAAUCUUUACACGAUGGGUCCAAAGCAGAAACAGAUUAGAAUGGACUUGUCCGACUUUUUGAAGGACGAAUCCUUUGGCGGUGGUUCUUGGGCUGACGAUGACCUCGACUUCAGCACAAUUGCCGUCCCAAGCACCAAGAACUUUGGUCAAACCGGCAUUCCAACUGGCGGAGCCAACCCACGAGACCCGGCAUUUGGUGGCUCUGGUUCCUCUGGCCCAAGAGGGGACUACGUUGAGUACCCUAUCCCAGAUGCUCCUCCAUACAGAGUUAGAAUGAACAACUUGCCAUGGGAUGCAUCUGAGGAUUCCAUUGCUGACUGGAUCCAUGAAUCUCUUCAGGCCACUGAUGCUGUGCAACACAUUUCAGCUCCAAGAGACUUCAACGAUCCUUCAAGAUUGAGAGGCUUUGCGUUUGUUACAUUGGCCUCGAGAGAUGACAUCGAGAACAUCCUAAAGUUCUCCGGUAAUGAAAUGUUUGGUCGUCGUGUCUACGUUGCCGUUGCUGCUCCAGAGAAGGAAGGUUUCGGAUCCAGAAGACGUGAGGAUGCUGAUUUGGAUUGGGGUUCUGCUAGAUCUGGUGCUGGUGCCUUCCCACAGAGAGAAGGUGGCAGAGAAUUCCAGGAGCGUAGACCAAGACGUGAAGAGCCUGAUUUGGAUUGGGGCUCUGCUAGAUCUGGUGCUGGUGCCUUCCCACAGAGAGAAGGUGGCAGAGAAUUCCAGGAGCGUAGACCAAGACGUGAAGAACCUGAUUUGGACUGGGGUUCUGCCAGAGCUGGUGCUGCUUCUCUUCCUCAAAGAGAAGGUGGUAGAGAAUUCCACGAACGUAAGCCAAGACGUGAAGAACCUGAGUUGGAUUGGGGCUCUGCCAGAGCUGGUGCUGCCUCACUCCCGCAAAGAGAAGGUGGUAGGGAGUUUAGAGAAAGAAGACCUAAGAAGGAAGGUCCAGAACUUGAUUGGGGCUCUGCCAGAGGUUCCGGAUCUCUUCCUCAGAGAGAGAGAAAGCCAAAGAAAGCAGAACCAGAAUUUGAUUGGGGUUCUGCUAGAGGUUCUGGAACCCUUCCUCCAAGACAAAAGAAGGGAACUGCUUCAGCUGAUGCUACAAAGAAGGAGGAUGCACCAAAGCCAAUUGCUUCAAAGUCUGCUUUCUCCGUUUUAGCUGCCGAGGAUGAUGAAGAGGAAGAAGAGGAGGAACCAAAACACGAGAACGCUGAGGAGACCCCUGCUGAAGAAUCCAAUGUCAAGGUUCUCAUCGAGAACACCGGAAAAUUGGCUGUUGGUGAUUCCGAUGCCUGGGAAGUUGUCGGUAAGAAAUGAUUAUCCUUACUUGUUUGAUGUUCUGUUUGAGUAAUUUUCUGUUCUUUCUUCUUUUGGUGGAUAUCGAAGCCAUACUCCACUCCUUAUAUAGUAAUGACUAGGUUUGAAUAUAAAAUCAUAUGAGUUUU